CCUGCAGCCCUACCUUCUGCCCGGAAAACUGCUUCUGGGAAACCUGCCGGAGGCCAGUUCGGUGGCUGCGCGCUUGGGCCCCCUGCCUGCUGUUCCUGAGCAUCUGGUGUCACGGAAGAAGACCGAGGACGGGAUGGUUCCGAGGACGGGGCCUCCGACGACGGUGCCGGCGCAGCCCGUGGCUCCCGGCGACCUGGGGACGGGCCCCGUGGAGAGCCAUGCUCCUGGAGGCCUGGAGCAGAGCAGUGCCACACAGAUGCAGACCCUGAGAGACUUCGAACAGCACCUCAGCGACCUGAAAAAGGAGAACUUCAGCCUCAAGCUGCGCAUCUACUUCCUGGAGGAUCGUAUGCAGCAGAAGUAUGAAGCCAGCAGGGAGGACGUCUACCGGCGGAACAUCGAGCUGAAGGUGGAGGUGGAGAGCCUAAAGCAAGAGCUCCGGGAGAAGCAGCAGGCCCUGGAGAAAGCCUGGUCGUCGGCGGAGAACCCGGGCCGUCAGAAUGAGGCCGAGAGCAGCCAUGAGCGAAGGGACGCAGGUGCCUGCGCGGCCCUUGAGAAGAAGGCGCUUCUGCUGCAGGAGGAGGCCCAGUCCGCAAAGGUCGCAGCAGAGAAGAUGGGCACUCUGGCCGAGGCGGAGAAGGAGCGCUGCAAGGAGCUGCAGAAGCAGCUGGUGGAGUUCUCUAAGAAGGAGGAUGAGGCCAGAAAAGAACAGGCUCGCUUGGAAACCUGCAGUGUCGCUUUGGCAGAGAAGGACAUGAGGAUCCAGGAGCUGACCCGGAGCCUGCGAGACAAGCAGCGGCGCCUUGACCAGCUGAGUACAGAGAAGCAGCACCUGCUGCGCUGCCUGGACGAGGCGCGGCGCGCGAAAGCACAGAACCUGCGUGACGACCUGCAGCAGGACGCCCAGUGUGACUUGUCGGUGCGCAAACGGGCAGCAGAAUUAAGUGCCAUGGAGCUGCUGGAGAAGGUCAGGGGCACAGAAGCCACAAAUAAGCAGCUGCAAGAGAAACUGAGUGAGAUGGAGUCUGAGCUGAGGUCUGCCCGGCACACAUCCCAGAAGCAGGAUCUCAAACUCCAGAACUUGAACGAGAGCCUGAAGAGCAAAGAGAAGGAGUCUGAGGAGCUGAACCGCGUCAUUGAAGGACAAAACGAGACAAUAGCAAACCUGCAAGACAAGCUGCAUAAAAGCCAGCUCAGGCAAGUGCAGGGCGCGGAGGGCUCUGCCCCGCUGCACCAGGGGGAGCUCCUGGAGGCGCAGCACGCGCUUUUCUGCGCCCAGCUGGAGGCGCAGCAGCUGAAGAGGCUGCGGCAGCAGAAGGAGCGGCAGCUGGCCGAGUCCACGAGGGGCGCCCAGUUUCUGGAGGCCGUCCUGCAGGAGGAGCAGCGGCAGAAGGAGGCGGCAUGGCACCACAACAAGGAGCUGCGGGCCGCUCUCCAGCAGCUGAAGGCCGAGCUGCAGAGCAAGGACUGGCAGUCCCGUGCCCUGGAGAGGGAGAAGUGGGCCGAGGCGCAGAGGCACGAGCGGGUGCUGAGGCACUGGAGCCAGCGCCUGGCGCGCACGGAGCAGCUGCUGCGGGAAUCGAACGAGCUCCUGCAGCAGCAUCAGAGCGCGGAGGAGAGGCCAGCCUUGGCGGCCAAGAUGGUGCAGACGCUGCAGCAGCGCGUCAGUGACAGAGAUGCGGCCCUCGAGCGCGCGGUCGACGAAAAGUUCCGCCUGCUGGAGGACCGCGAGCAGGAGCUGCAGCAGCUGCACCGGGCCGUGCAGGAGCGCGAGCGCGACCUGGAGGGGCUGCGCGCAGUCCUCGCCUCCAACCAGGCCACUAUCCAGGGCCUGGAGGACCUGCUGAAAGCUCGGGGCCUGGAGCUACAGCAGCUGCAGGCGACCUGCCAGAACUGGAAGUGGCUGAGGGAGGAGCUGGAGGCGCACGCCCGCCGGGGGCAGGCGCGGCAGGAGCACCUGGCCCAGCAGCUGUGGGCGGCCCUGUGCGACGGGCACCAGGAGGCGACGGGGCUCUCGGCGAUGCUGCUGCCCAGGCCGGGGCCCGGCCAGGAGGCCGCCGUGGAGGAGCUGUGCCUGCGCCUGCAGCAGAGGGAGCGCGUCGUCCGGGAGCUCCUGGCCAACAAGAGCUGGCAGGCCACCGAGCACACCACCGAGCUGCAGGAGCUGCUCCAGGCCGCCAGCGCCCGCGAGCAGCAGAGCAACAUAUUCUCUGCAAAGCUGACCCAGGCUCUGAUCGAGAGGACCUGCGAGCUGCAGGUCCUGCGCCAGCAGCUGGUGGACCAGGCUUCUCGGCAGAAAACGGAGGCGCCCGCUGCUCGACCCGGGCAAAAGCAUGAGGCUGUGGAAGCACCGAAGCAGGGGCGCCCCGCCGAGCACGUGGCCGCCAGAGUCCCCGCGCAGGGAGCGCGCCGGUCCGCAGCGGAGGAAGGUGUCUUGGGGAAAACGGCGGAGCUGGAGAAGGAACUGCUCAGCUCCAGAGAGGAGCUCAGACUGUUGGCACAAAAGGAAAGAGAAAGCAGACUGGAGCUCUCUGCGCUUCGCUCGGAGGUGGCCGCCCAGGAGCAGGAGCUGCAGGUCCAGGCUUCCGAUAUCGCGUCGCUCAGCAGGAGCAUCCAGAUCAAGGAAGGCCUUAUAAAGGACCUGCAGAUGCAGCUGGUGGACCCGGAGGAGGUGCCGGCGGUCGAGCGCCUCACCCAGGAGGUUCUGAGGCUGCAGGAGGAGGUGGCCGGAGCAGAGCUGCGGGGACAGGGAGGCACGGGCAGCAGGCGGCGGCAGCUGCUGCUCAGCUUGGAGGGCCUGGCGGCGGAGCGGGAGCGGCUCAACGAGGCGCUGGAGGCAGAGCGGCAGCUGUACAGGCGCCUGGGGACGCGCGGCGCUCCGCCCGGCAGCUCUCCGCAAGACCAGACGCUGCACCUCGAACUGGAGGCCGUCCAGGGGCUCCGUGGGCAGCUGGAAGAGGCCCUUGCCAGGACUGCGGAGCACCUGAGCAGGCUGGAGUCGCUGGAGGGCGCUGGAGGUCUGUCCAUGGCUGGGGACGAGGACGGGGACGGGGACGGGGAUGAGGAUGCCGGCACCGAGUUCUCCGACAGCAUCGAGGAGGCGGCGGCGCAGCGGGGCGCUCCCCGCCUGCAGGGUGCCGAGGCGGCGGACGCGCCCGGCGCGGGCAGGGAGAGCAGCCUGCGCGUGGAGCUGCUCUGCGCGAAGGCGGCGCUCCAGCGGGUCGGGGAGCAGAAGGCGACCCUGGAGGGGGAGCUGCAGGCCAUCAAGGGGCAGGUGCAGGAGGCGGGCUUCGCCUCCGUGGCUCAGCUCAGGAAGGCCCUGCUGAGCCUGUGCCUGGAGAAUGCAGAGCUCAAGGAGCAAGUGGGAGAAGCCACGUCGUCAGAGGGCUGGGAGAACGAUGAGGAGAAGGACGAGGCGGAGGACCGGAGCCUGGAAGUCCAGAAGCUGCAAGAGAAGCUGCGCGCCUCCGAGGUCGUCAUCGGCCUCCUGCAGGGGCAGCUGGCCCUGAGUGGCCCAGGCGGGGACGGCCUCGUCGGCCCGCGGCAGCCACAGGGGGGCCAGCGGUGCCCUGGCCAGGGACAUCCCCGCGACAGCGCCCCUCCACCGCGGCAGGCGGGUGGCAGCCCGUCCCACAGCCCGGCGGCAGCCCAGGCCGACCCGCUGGGAGGCGGCGGCGGUUGUGCGGGUGGCGCUUGGGAGCGGUGCCAGAAGCUCCGUGGCCAGCUCCCGGGCACAGAGACCCCCAGCCCGGCCCUACGAAGGGAGGCCGAGGCGCAGUGGGUCAGCAAGCAGAUCCAAGUGGAUCUCCAGGACCUGGGCUAUGAGACCUGCGGGAGAAGCGAAAACGAGGCGGAACGGGAGGAGGCCACCAGCCCCGAGUGCGACGCGCGUGAGGUGGAGGCCGGGAAUUGGAAGCGGCUGCUGGGCUUCGCUCCGUGUCGCCAUGCGGAUUGGGACUGCAGCCGGUGCGGCGACGCGGCUCUUCUCCGCCAGCACGUCCAGGCCCUCCAGGCGCAGCUGCGGCACUCGCGCGGCAUCAUCCAGGCCCUGCGGGGCCACGUGUGCUCUGGACCUGAGGCCCUGCUGCCGCUGAAGCGGGCGGGAGCCCUGGGCAGCUCCCCGUGCCAGAGCGUGACGGACGAGGACGAGGGCUGGCACUCGGACAGCCUGGGCUCCGUCGGAGCCACCGACAAGGACCUGGCGGGGCUCAUCCGGAGGGUGUCCCAGCUCGAGGCCCACCUGGCCGAGGCCAAGCCGAAGCUGCUGCGGCCGGAGGCACUGCCCCCUGCAGCAUCCCUGGGGAAAUACGACUCGCUGGUCCAAGCCCAGGCUCGGGAGCUCUCCCACCUGCGCCAGGUGAUGCGGGAGGGCCAGGGGGCCUGCCGCCUGCUGAGCCAGUGCUUCCGGGACGCUGUCAAGUCCUUCGAGGAGCUGCUGCGAGGCAACGACAUUGACUGCUUUCUGGGGCAGAGCUUCCGCGAGCAGCUGGCCCAGGGCAGCCGGCUGGCAGGACGCUUGGCCCGGAAGCUGAGCGCGCGUGAGCCCCCCGGGGAUGGCCCAAGCGCACGGAAUGAGUCGCCCACGGAGGGCAAAGCGGACCAGGAGGGGCUUGUUCGGAGGCUGAGCCAGGAGCUCCGGGGGAAGGCGCCGAGUGCCCAGCAGCCCCCCGCUGAGGGGGCGCUCUCCACGACGCCCUGCAGCAGUCCCACAGCCUCCGAGUCGCCCCGUGCGGGCAGCAGCGCCUCCUUCGCCUCUGGCGGCCUGGAGAGCUGCUCCGAUGUGGACGACGCCAGCGAGCCCCUCUGCCCGGCGGACCCCGGCGACCGAUGGCUGCGCCGCUUUCUGGACAGAGACCCUGGGAGUCCUUCUGACGACGCCCCUGCAGCGCUGCCUCUCCCCACUCUUGCUGCCCCAUCCCCUGCAGCUGCCCCAGCAGACGCCCCCCGGGGCAGCUGCGCUCAGCCGCCUCCCCAGCACCCCUUGCGGAUCACCUGCCCGCCCGCCGGAGGCUUUCAUCCCGGUCUGCCAUCCCUACCGGCCGGCUUCUCUCGGGCACCCCUGGACUCGGGGCUCUGCUCCCCCAGGCCUUCGGGGCCUCCCCUUCCAGCCCUGGAUCCCCUGCUGGGUGGCUGCAGGACGCCCUUCUUCGCGCUGGCUGAGGCCCAGCAGGAGCUGCAGGUGCUGCAGAAGCAGCUGGGAGAAGGCUCCGAUUUGCUGGAGGAGCACCUGUCCGAGAUGCGGAUCCUGCACCAGCGCCUGCAGGAGACCAUCCACACCAACGACCGCCUGCGGGAGCAGAUGGAGGCGCGCUUGGCCGCGGGGGCAAGGAGUGGCGAGCUGGAGCACCUGCAGAAACCGCUGCCGGGACCCCCGGAAAUGCGCAGGGGCGAGGUGGAGCCUGGGCAGGGGCGAGCGGCACAGCCACAGCCACAGCCACAGCGAGGGGGCCAGGACGAGCCGCGGGCAGGCCUGGCGCCACUCCAGGAGGCGUUCUGGGCUCUGCAGGCGAACAACUCCAGGCUUCAGCACCGAGUGAUGCUGCUGCAGCAGGAGUGCAUGGAAAACCGACUGCUCUUCAAAGCCUUGGAGGCAGAACUGCGUGUCCACAAAGGGCUCAGUGGCCGCCAGCAGCAGGCGGACUCAGGGGCUUCUGCGCAGGAGAACCUGGAGCUGGCAGAUGACGGCCAUCGGUGGGGCGCCCUCGUCACAGGCCGCCUCGAGGACUAUAGCAACCUGCAGCGGCAGAUCCUGGAGGGCAAGACUCUGACCCACAAGAUGGCCUCUCUCCUGCAGCCUUGCCUGGAACCACAGGGCAGCCAGGUGUUUUGCCACGAGCGCCUUGCGGAGCUGCUUGCCAGCACUUGCGCUUUGCACCGGAUCCUGGAGACAGCUGCCUCCCUGCUCGCUGCGUUCUGGAGAGGAGCCCUCCCCACGUCUCGAGAGAUGCAGCUGCUCAAAGCCAAGGUGGUUGAGCAAGAGAACCGCCUGCACAGUGCCAGCCAAGUGCAGAAGAGCAUGGAGAGCUUUCUCCUCGCUCACCUGACCCGGACGCAUGACGUGCUGAGGAGAGCGAGGACAAACCUGGAGGGGGUGUCCCAGCAGCCGGCGAUCGUCUCCUCCAUCGUGUGACUGCGUUUGGGCGUGAGCUGGGAUGCUCACAGGGCAUCAGGAGGAGGAAGACGCCGGGAGCAAAGGCCAGACCCUGUGCUCCGUGGAGGCCCGACCCCCCUUGGCUGUGGGCGCCAGCGGCUUCCAUGUGAGACCCACGGAACGAAGGGACCCGCUCAGCCGCCUCCACCGCGUGCUCGGAGGGGCCUGCCGGCUGCCAGAUGCCCGGCUGGGAGAUGCCGAAAAUGCUCCAGCUGCCAGUGCGAUAUGCGAAGCCAGCCCGAUCCCCCGUGCGCGGCACUGCCAGAGGGAAGGCCGUUCCGGUGGGCACCUCCACUCAUGCCGUCCGGUCCUCUUACUCCAUGACCGCCCUGGAGCCGCACGUGUGCCCAGGCGACACGUCCCUCGUGGUGGAGGGCGCGCCCUCGACGGGUGCU